GUAUAGUUCCGUAUCACCACAUGUGACGUGCUGUUAAAGCAAAACCCGUUUCAUUUUCCUGUGUGGUGCAUGAGCCUGUAUGAGACGCGGCCCGUGCGCUGCUCGGCGCCUCGCAGUGAGUGAAUCAAACGCACUGUUGGCUUCUCGCGUGAAGGCGGCGCUAGCGGAACCCGGGCAGGGCCUUGCCUUUGUGGUCGCAGAGAGAAGAUGGCUCCCGUUCUGGAGAAACAGCUCCCGGUUGUCGCUGGGGCAGGCGACAACAACAAUGAAGACGAAGAGGGUCAAAACCUCUGGUCCUCUAUUCUAAGUGAAGUUUCUACGAGAUCAAGUUCAAAGUUACCAUCAGGGAAAAAUAUUCUGAUAUUUGGUGAGGAUGGAACAGGAAAAACAACACUUAUGGCCAAGCUUCAAGGAGCAGAGCACAACAAAAAGGGGAGGGGGCUGGAGUAUCUAUACUUAAGUGUUCACGAUGAAGACAGAGAUGAUCUCACACGGUGCAAUGUUUGGAUCUUGGAUGGAGACCUUUACCACAAGGGUCUGCUUAAAUUUGCAGUUUCGGCACAGACCUUACCUGACUGUUUAGCUUUGUUUGUUGUGGAUAUGUCACGGCCAUGGACCAUUAUGGAUUCCCUGAAGAAGUGGGCAAGCGUGCUUCGUGACCACAUAGACAAGCUCAAGAUUCCACCAGAAGAUACCAGAGAAAUGGAACAGAAAAUGGUAAAAUUAUUUCAAGAGUACACAGAGCCAGAGGAGGCCAGCCCGUCCUCCCCACAGAGAAGGGCUCCUGCUGGGCCGGAGGAUGAAGCUGUGGUGCUGCCGCUUGGGGACAACGUACUCACACACAACCUGGGCAUUCCAGUGCUAAUAGUUUGCACAAAGUGUGAUGCAGUCAGUGUAUUGGAAAAGGAGCAUGACUACAGAGAUGAGCACUUUGAUUUCAUCCAGUCACACAUCCGACAGUUUUGUCUACAAUAUGGAGCUGGGUUGAUCUACACUUCAGUCAAAGAAGAAAAGAAUCUGGAUUUGCUUUACAAAUAUAUUGUUCAUAAAUUGUAUGACUUCCAGUUCACCACACCUGCCUUAGUGGUGGAGAAAGAUGCAGUGUUCAUUCCUUCUGGAUGGGACAAUGAGAAGAAAAUUGGAAUUUUGCAUGAAAACUUGUCAACAGUUAGACCAGAAGAUCCUUUUGAAGAUUUUAUUACAAAGCCACCAGUGCGCAAGCUUGUGCAUGACAAGGAGAUCUGUGCAGAGGAUGAGCAGGUUUUCCUAAUGAAGCAACAGUCAUUGCUAGCGAAGCAGCCUGCCACACCAACAAGAGGAACAGAGUCUCCAGGUCGGACAAACUCAGGUUCACCCAGACCCGCGGGACGAGGCCAGACUGGUGUCACUGCUGCGUCCAUGUCUGCUGUCAAGAAGCCUGAUCCAAACAUGAAAGCAGGUGCUGCCAAUGAGGGAGUGCUGGCUAACUUCUUCAACAGUCUGCUGAGUAAAAAGACUGGGGCUCCCGGGAGCCCAGGGACUCCUGUUGGAGCUGGAGUACAAGGCUCUGCCAAGAAAACAGGGCAGAAGCCGGGUUUGAAUGACGUUCAGGCGGAGUUGGACCGGAUGACACGAAAGCAGGACUCCAUGGUUUCAGCUAACAACGUAACGCCGCCGGAGAGCGAAGCGUGAAGGCAACAAAUCAGCUGCAUCAUCCACAGCAUUAAUUCCCUGGAAGUUAAAUGUACAUGUGAGCAUAAAUAAUGACCAAAUUCCCAAUUCUUAUAACAGACAGCACACAGUGGUUUGGACAAAAUGAGUUUAGGGGGCGAUCGAAUGUGAUAAUGGGAGAACAGAGGAGAGAGGGAGGCAUUGGAGACACAAGUGUUGAUGAGGGAAUCAUGCUUGGCUUUCUUCCUGUCCUCUUGUCAACUGUAAAUGUCAUUUUGUGAGGGAUGUCGGUUUAUGGAAAUAUGUGCACACUCCCUGGCAACAGGCCUGAAGCAGUGGACUGCAGGUUCCUAAGGUAAAAACAGCUUUUACCCCUCGGAGUAAAAGAGUGGAAAUACCAUAUACUGUCCUGUGGCUUCUGGUUCAUCUUAUGUUAUGGAAGGAAUUUAGUUGUGAUUGGAAAGGUAUUUAAAAUCUUACUAUUCACUUAGAAAAGAAAUUAAAAUAUUUGCAAACAUAUGUAGUAUGUACAAAAAAUGUUGGAUAUACUUAUGUAUUUAUACAAAGUUCUUUUUAUUUUAUUUUUGUUCACCAUUUAUUGGUUUAAACAUUCAUCUGUAUAACACUUUAAAAUGCCACUGACGUCAUGACACUAAUGACUAGUCCAGACAGUGCACCAUAUCAGUCCCUCACCAUCUCAAAGGAUUCUGUAAAUAUACUUUGAAAAUCUAUUCAGGUUAACUUUGAAAUUUCAAGGAUGCAAUUCUUUUUUUGAGUUUCAGCUUAGAAUAAAUGCAACUAGUAGGUAUUCGAUAGGCCAGAGUUUGCAACAAAAUGACUUCUUCAGCUUAUGCUGUGUAUAUUUGGGGAGGGAACUGGGCAGCGUCUUUCCUACUAUUACUCCCAAGUGCCUCGCAGAGUUAGCUGGUUUUGUCAUUGUGGAUGUGCUUUAAGGAAAUGCACUGUAGCGUUAUCGGUUAAAGGUUUAUGUCCUUUUCUUGUCAAACAAAUAAUUUAUUUCUUUUUACAUUAUUGUCGAUGUGCAAAAAGCCUGUCUUUUAUUUUGAAAUGAUAUCUAUGGCCUAUAAAUUUGAAAUCUGUAGAAAAAUACAUUGGAUGCCUUCAAGCAAACUGCUGAUACUGUAUUAUAAGAAACCACAUGAUCUGCAAUUGAACACUUAAAACCACUCGCUUUGCAGCCAAAACAAAUGUAUCAUUGAUUAACUGUGGUUCAAGCUAAAUAUGAUUUAGGCAUAGUAUUUUGUGGCUUAGGAUUUUCCAUACUAUUCAUACUGUACCCCGCAUGACAGUUGAACAUUCCCAUGAUGUAGCUGCUGUAGGAACAUCAGUGUAGGCAUUUGAGCUUUUUGUUUAGUUUGAUCGUGCCCUUUUUCAGUAUGACCAUUGCCUUCACUGUACUGCUCAGUUUGUCACACUGGCACCUUGCCUUGACUUCUAUUGAUAUGUGUAUUCUUAAAAAAUAAUCUGUUAUUUUCCUGUCAUUAUUUUUUUUUACAAUAAUUUUAUCAUAUCAGCUGUAAAAGGUUUACAACACCACAAUGUCAUAAGUCAACUUAAUAUGCAAGACUUCGCUUAAUCUUAUGGAUGUUAAAUGCCACUUUCUUGCAAAUAGAAGCAGAAUCGGUUCACCAUUGUCAUUCUGUGGUCAUAAACGACUUAUAACCAAAGAGAAAUCUAGCUAAUUUGUUCCAUUUUUCAUCCAUACGAUUAAUCUGUUUUGUUCUGUUUGCACGGAGUCCAGGCAUUCCAGGCCUCAGCCUGAUUGUGGCUACUUUCACCGCCAUAAACACUUACCCCUGUGUACAUGUUUAUGUACAUUUGGAAUUUGAAGUUCAAAUCAACUUAAUAAUAAACGCAUAUUUAUCCCCAGUUUUUAGGUUUCUAUCUUGGAUGUAAUUAAGUAGAUUGUACACCAGAAAAAACUGCCCCUUAAGUUGGUAAAGCACAAUUUAAACAAAGGUAGCACCGUAAAUUCAAAUUAGCACUUUGCCCAUGCCCUUCACUUUGACAUGAGAUAUUUUAUCCUUCCUCAUAAUUACAUGAGAUGGAUGGUCUCUGAAUUUUUUUUGAAAAAUGCUAAUAUAAUAAAAAUGCACAGGAUUAAUGAAUUGCUGAACAAAAAGUCUUUUUUCAAAACUGUCAUUUUGUUUACCAUUUCAUUUGAUCAGGUUUUAUUGCAAGGCCACUCACUGUGUUCCAACUAUUAGACAUCAUCCCUGCUUUAACCAUCCAUAUUUACUUGGCUUUAGAGGUACCACUGUUUAAAUUUGGCAUUUAGCUGAGUGGAAUGAUGCGCUCCCAUGCUGCGUACUGAAAGUUGCACUUGCUCUUUGUACAGUUUGGACUAAACCGUGAUUAGCUCUAACUUUUGUACUCAAUAUUGUUGGAACGCAACUGCCUCUUCACUUCCUAACUCGAUUGCCUUCGACCACUAUUGACUGGCGUCUACACACCACAUAACGGGCUACGAGCACCUGCUUCGGCCUGUUUGUUUUCAGGAUAAGUCCAUUGUAAGCACAUGGCUGUUUUUUCUGUCCUGAUGUUUGAUUGUAAAACACUUGAGUCGCUUGUAAGCAGCAGCCAUGUGGAUUCUAGCUUAUGCUACAAAGAAACCAUGUUAAUCAGACCCCCUGGCUUCAAUAAAACAAAGAAUCCAAA